AGAACACGAGAGAGAGACAUGAAAAAUUGAUGAAUAACAGGAAGAAAGGGAGAAAAAAGAUACACAACGACUCUCUGAUUGACGGCUUGAUGACCUUCAAUAAGCUAACAACGUGCCACGGCCCCCGACACGUCCUGCGCAACAGAGGCACAUGUUUCGGGAUCCUCUGGGCCACCGUCACCCUCCUUCUCUUCGUCGGUCUGAUUGUCAUCUGCCUAAUGCUCAUCGAAGGGUUUUUCCAGCGAGAUGUUCAGUCCCAGACAACGAUGGUUAUGGCCCAGGUAACAGGUCUCCCGCUGCCCUCCCUCAUCGUGUGCAACCGCGGCUUCUUCUCCAAACAAAAGAUGGAAAGCAUUCUGGUUAACGCGACCCGGUGCUGUGAGGAGUUCCAGCCCGUCAAGACCAUGUCCGGCCUAUGCUUCCAGCGCAUCGCGGGGCCCAACGACCGCCAGGCCAUGGUCGGAGAGUACAGCGGCUUUUCCAUCUACACCAGGCUCUUCAAAUACGAUCUCAUGAAGUUCACGCCUGAGAUGAUCGACGUGACGCAGCUGGUUAAGGCCGGCGUGCAGGUCACCGUCACCAGUAACCUCACCUUCCCCGGCUUCAUGGUACUGGGCCAGGGCACCAUCCUCACCGCUAACGAGCUCACCUCCAUCAGCAUCUCUCUAACACAGGUUGACAGAACUCAGGUAAAGACGUACAUAGACGUGUCCGAACCGUCAUGUGUGAAUGCAGAAACUCUAGACUUCAACAAAGACAUAGACAGUUUCCUCUCCACCUCAGUCUCUUGCUCCGACGGCGGCUACAUGAAAUGCUACACCCAUAUCUGCGACUGCUACAGCUACAGCUACACCAUGAGAACCAACGAGCAGACCAAGAUUUGUAGCAUCAACGAGACAAUCACGUGUAACAUGCACCUCGUCAACGAGAUCUCCAAGAAGUUCAGGCUAAACUUUACGGUGGGGCAGUACGACUUCGACGAAAACUUGUCAAACCGAAUACGUUCCUGUCUGACGCAAGCCAUGGACAGUUGCAAGCCCGUCUGUGUCGAGCUCACGUACUCCCACGACAGUGAAGUGAGUCCCCUCCGCACCGAACUCUUGCGGAGCCUCUACAGCGACUUCGGCCUGGACGAAGAGUGCUAA